CUCCCUGCCGUAAAAACUUUGUAAAUUGCUCCCACAUGGUCCCAACGCUACUUCCUGUCCCAUUUCCCAAAAUGGCAGCGCCCCUGGGCCUGAGGCUGGCGCCUCGCUUGGCCGCAGCCCCCCGGCACAUUCACUGCGGAGCCGCCCGCCCGGCCGUGGGGCAAUGGAGAGUCCAGCAGGGACUUGCCCCCAGCUCGGCCGGCUACGGGCCCCUCCGGGACCUGCCUGACUGGUCCUUUGUAGACGGGCGCCCCGCCCCCCCGUGGAAGGGCCAGACGCGUCGGCGACAGGAAGAUGAGGCCUUUGCGCGCCGCGUGGCCAUGCUGGCCCAGGAGAUGGAGCGAGGCCUGCAGCGCUGGCAGGUCCAGCAGCGCCAGCAGCAGGAGGCCAAGGACAGCAAGAGACAGACCCAGCUGCAGCCCAAGGGGGCCACCCUGCGUCGGCGCAGCCCACAAUAAAUUCUUGCGCCCCCAGCAACCACAA